UUUUUGUGGGAAUCUUGAAUCCAAGUCUUCCUCUCUCUCCCCUUCUCUCUCUAUCCAAUUCCAAACUUUGAAAAUCAGCACACACAUGAGAGAGAAACGUAGAACAAUAUUAACAAUUCAACAGUCUGCUGCCCUUUUCUCCCCUUAUGGUGUGUGUGUGUGUGUGUGUUCACAGUGUCUUUCUGCUUUGCUCCAAAUUCAAGAAAAAUAAAAGAUAGUGAAAAAUAGCAUCUUUACUUUCCAUUUCAAGAACCCACAAAGCAGAAACCCCAAGAGAGGAGGAGGAAAAAGAAAAAGAUUGCUCUUUUACUGUGUUGUGUGAUUGAGGGAAAAGAGAGAUGAAAUGGGAAUUAUCUAUGAAGAUGCAGUUUUGAUUAAAGAAGCUGAGAGGGCAGGUGAACAUACUGUGAUCACUGUGAACUGUCCAGAUAAAACUGGGCUUGGAUGUGAUCUGUGUAGAAUUAUAUUGCUUUUUGGACUUAGCAUUGUCAGAGGAGAUGUUUCGACCGAUGGUAAAUGGUGUUACUUGGUUUUCUGGGUCGUCGGGAAGCCAACAACCAGGUGGAACUUGUUGAGGAAGAGGCUUCUUGAGGUGUGCCCUAAAUGUACUCCAUCAGCAUCGGGGAUUUUCUACUUUAUUCCAGAGUUUCAGCAGCCAAGGCCUCCACAAAUUUUCCUGCUCAAGUUUUGGUGUUCUUAUGACCGAAAAGGGCUUUUACACGAUGUCACUGAGGUUCUUUACGAGCUCGAGCUAACAAUAAAAAGAGUGAAAAUCUACACGGCACCUGACGGACGAGUGAUGGACCUCUUUUUUAUCACGGAUACGAGGGAACUUCUUCAAACGAGUAAGAGACGGGAGGAAACGAUUAAAAGUCUAAAAGUUGUGUUAGGAGACACCAUGAUGAGUUGUGAUAUUGAGGUGGCUGCUCCCGAAGUCGCUUCGUGCUUACAGUCGUUUCUUCCGUCUUCCGUCUCGGAAGACAUUUUCAGUCUGCCACUUUCUGGGGAACUGUCAAGCGGAGUGCUCGCCUCUGAUUCUGUUUCUAUCGUCGUCGAUAAUGCCCUCAGCCCUUCUCACACGCUCGUCCAGAUCUUUUGCCAGGAUCACAAGGGCCUUAUCUAUGACAUAAUGAGAACCUUGAAAGAUUACAACAUCCAGAUCUCUUAUGGUCGCUUCUUCGCAAACACAAAAGGGAACUGCGAGCUGGACUUAUUCAUAAUGCAAACUGACGGGAAAAAGAUAACCGACACACACAAGAAAAACGCUCUGUGCUCUCGGCUAAGAAUGGAGCUCAUCCACCCUCUCAGAGUAGAUGUUGUUAGCAGAGGCCCCGACACCGAGCUGCUGGUAGUUAACCCUGUCGAGUUGUCCGGGAGGGGCCGGCCCCUCGUCUUCUAUGACAUCACUCUCGCUCUCAAGGUUUUAAACAUCAGCAUCUUUUCAGUGGAGAUAGGUAGACAUAGAAUCCACGAUCGAGAAUGGGAAGUGUACAGGAUCUUGAUAGAUGAAUGUGACUGUUUGUCUGCAACAAGAGAUGAGAUUAAAGAAUGUGUGAGGAAGAAGCUGAUGGGUUGGGAAUGACUUAGCAUUUUCUCAACCCUUUACUGUACAGAUGUUUUCUGCCAGUUAAUGUAAAUUAUGUAAAGCAGUUCUGUCUAACUGAGCAAGUUUAUUACAUGUGAGAAAGAGCUGUGCUCAGAGAGUUUUAUAUGUAUGUAUAUUUAGCAAUGCUUCUCAGACACAACAGCUUUACCAGGAAAAGUGAUAUAUGGCAAUGAAAAUCUUGCAACUAGAUUGCAGCC